AUGCCGAAACCAUUAUAAUAGUUUGUUCAAUUUGGACCAGUCUAAAUACCUUUUUCACAGUUAUUUAUAUUAACAAGAAGACAUGUAUUCGCUGCUGUAAACUUAAAGCCGGUGGUGUUAGGUUUUUUAUUCGUAAAUUAUAAUGGUCAUGUAUUAGUGUGUUCAAGAAGACCUGUAAAAAUAUCUCUAAGAUAUGACAGAAGUAGAAACUGUAGAGUUUUGGAUAACUGUCCAAGAAGUUGCCAAAGUGAUGUCUGA